AUGAAAGCCAAUGGAGAAGUGAUGAUUGAGGUGGUGAUCAUUGAAAAAAUUCUAAGGACAUUAACACAAAGAUACAAUCACAUAGUGGUGGCAAUUGAAGAAUCAAAUUAUCUUGAUAAAAUGAAAUUGGAAGAUCUGCAAAGCUCCCUAGAAGCUCAUGAAUUAAGGGUAAAAGAAAGAGAUGAGGCACACACAUACACAGGCACUACAAACUCAGGUUGCUUAACUCACAUGACUGACCAUAAAGAUUGGUUUGUGAGCAUUGAUGAGAAGGUGAAAAGCGAGAUCAGAUUUGUAGAUAAUAGCAAAGUGACAGCUGAAGGAGUUGGCAAGAUUUCAAAGAAGAUAUGGCAAAGAAUCGUUCAUAUAUAA